UAUGGUUUGAGAGCAGCAUAUAACAUGUGUACAUGUUUGCAAGGACUGGCCAUUUUGUUCACGGUCACUACAGUUGCUCAGUGCUUUUUCUUCGAUAGUAUAUUUGGAACUUCGGCACCUAAACCGUCAACAACAACAAAGAAACCCAAUACGGGACCCGUCGUCUUGGAUUAUUUCGCUCAUAAGCUAUGUCCAAAACAUCUUCAACGAAACAGGUAUCUAAUGUACUACAGCUACGUAAAGAGAUGCUAUACCUUUGUCAUUAGUGAUCGAGCAGACUGGUUCACAGCGAAAGACGACUGUUCCAAAAAGGGCGGGAACCUUAUGAACAUUCACCAAUCACUGGAAAAUUUCUACCUGGGUAUGCGGGACCAGAUUGCUCUAGGUCACACAGACAACUACAUCUGGAUUGGCCUGUCUGACACCUCGUCACCUGGGAGUUUUUCCUGGACUAAUGCUCCAUUAAAGACUACGUCAUAUAAACAUUGGCAUGCCGGACAGCCAAUCUUGGACACUCCAGGGAAUAACUGCGCGGCUUACAGUCAUGACAAUCAGGAUUGGUGGAUCUUCCCUUGUAACUCAACUAAUCUUGGCUGGGUCUGCGAGUUCGAGUUAAAUGCAACAAUCACAGAAACAACUUCAACUAACACAUUUACAACACAUAAUCCUACAACAGUUGAACUGACAACACGCACACCAACAACCUCUAAGCCCAUAACACCUAAACCAACAACACUCAAACCCACCACAUCUAAACCAACAACAUCUGAACCCACCACACCUGAACCUACUACACCUGAACCAACAACACCUAAACCCACUACACCUGAACCAACAACACCUGAACCUACUACACCUGAACCAACAACACCUAAACCAACUACACCUGAACCAACAACACCUGAACCUACUACACCUGAACCAACAACACCUGAACCCACUACACCUGAACCAACAACAUCUGAACCCACUACACCUGAACCAACAACACCUAAACCUACUACACCUGAACCUACUACUACUACUGAGGAAGAAUCUGGAAUCAUUAUAAUCGGGAAACGGAUUCCUGGUCUUACUAAAGAACAGCAGUACACCGAUUUCUAG